CGCUCUCGCUCUCGCUCUCCCUCUCUCCCUCUCUCUCUUCUGGAUUCGAAGCUUGGCGUUACUGGGUCUUCUUGGGUUUUGUCAUUGGCGAUUGGGUCUGUGUACAGAGAGCUCUCCACCACUGAGAAGAGCCGGGCGCGUUCCUGGGCCGCGCCGAAUUGUGGUGGGUUGGUGGGGGUGGGGGAUUGCGUUUCGGCUUUUCCGCCAGUCUCGUUUCCCAAUUCGUUCAUCGGUGUGCGUAGUGUAACGCUCGGGGCUUUUCGACUGCAGAGUAAUUGUGAAUAGUGUACAGAGAGAGCAAGAAAAGCCGGGGUACUCUGCAGUGAACAGUUUUUAUGAGCCUGAGAUCACAAGUCAUGGUGACAAUUAUCGGGUACUGACUGUUUUUAGAGGGUUUUCCAGUGAAGGGUCGUGGAGUUUAUUUUCAACUGAAGGUGGAAUUGGGGGUUUUGGCUGGAUUGGGAGAGAAAUCUGACAGUUUUGUAGGACACUGAGGUGAUUGUAGAAGGAAAGGAUUUCAAACUCGGUUGUUGGUUUUGUAAAUGAUCAUGUUAUUUAAUGAGGAUGGAUAGGAGUGAGCCUUCUUUAGUUCCAGAAUGGUUGAAGAGUGGUGGAAGCCUCUCUGGAGGUGGCAGUAGACAGCAACAAUCUUCAUCUUCUUUGCGCUCAGAUGAUCGUCCUGCAAAUAAGAACGUGAGAAAUAGGUCUUCUUUAGGCAGCGGAAUUCAGGUGUCUGAUCGAACUACUUCUUCUUUUUUUCGUCGGAGCUCCAGUAGUAAGGGAUCAACCCACUCACGAUCGUACAGCAGUAGUAAAACUCAGCGGGAUGAAGCUUGGGAAGAUUUUUAUCAAUUUCAUCACAAUGACAAGCCAUUUAGUGGUUUACAGAAGAACCGAGACUAUUCUGAUCCUCUAGGUAGUUUGCUGCCGGGUAAGUUCGACAAGGAUGUGCUACGGCGUUCACAGUCUAUGAAUGGCAGGAGACAGGAAGAGACCUGGCGUAGUCAAGUGGUUGGUGAUAUUAGUAAUGCGAGAAAUGGCGGCCAUAACAUCACUAGUGGUUUGCUUACAAAAGGCAGAGAUGGAAGUAGCACCACUGAAGCUGCAUUGGGACAGGACUUUCCGUGUCUUGGAACUGAAGAGAGGCAAAGAGUUUCUGAAGUAGCAAGAAUUCCUUCUCCGGGCACUGCUACUACCUUUCAGAGGCCUUCAAGUGCCAAUUCAGACAAAACUAGUGCAGAUGGGUGGACGGCUUUGGCAGAGGUGCCUGGAGUGGUUGGAAACAAUAAUGCAUCUGGUUUGCUGUCUCAGCAAACUGUAUCUGGAAGCUCAGCUAUUUUGGGUCAAACUAUGAAUGGCCUUAGAAUGGCAGAGGCUGUUGCCCAAAGUCCCUCACGUGCUCGCACACCUCCUCAGUUAUCUGUUGAUAGUCAGAGGCUUGAAGAGUUAGCUAUCAAACAAUCUAGACAACUGAUCCCCAUGACGCCAUCCAUGCCCAAAUCUCAGUUGCUUAGUUCGAUGGAGAAAUCAAAAACCAGAGCCGCGCAGCAGACUACUAAGUUCUCCCCUUCGCUCUAUGGCAAUCAGCCUAUGCGUGGUGGGUCUGCAAGAGUUGAUGUUGGGAAGACUUCCAAUCUAGGAAAGUUGCAAGUUCUGAAACCAUCAGGGGAGCUGAAUGGUGUCUCCUUAACUGUGAAGGAGAACCUGGUUUCCCCAAAUGGAAUCAAAGUUCCACUUAGCCCCCUAAAUCUGGCUCCAUCAACUGUUGGUUCUCACUCUAAGAAUUCUGUCGGCAACCCAAACUUGGGAGGUUCUGAGCGUAAGCCAGCCGCAUCACUGACGACUUUAGAGAAGAGACCAUCUUUGCAGACUCAAAGCCGUAAUGACUUCUUCAAUCUCAUAAAGAAGAAAUCUUCUGCGAGCUUCAAUUCUAGCACUGAUACUACUAGUACUGUAUCAGUUUCUGAUCAGGAAAAAUCAGAGCCUUUGAGCACUGAGGCUGGUGCUGAUACUAUCUCUGUGGAAGCUAAGCAUCAAUGUGCUUCAGUUAUCUCUGUUUCGGACUUUCCAACUGAGAACGGCAGAGAGAUAGUUGAAAAUGGUGAUGCAUGUGAAUGUGCUUUAGGUUUUAUCAGAAAUGGAGAGGAGCGUUUAGACUAUCCAAAUGAGGAAGAGGCUGCAUUUUUGCGUUCUCUUGGGUGGGAGGAGGGUGCUGCAGAUGGAGAUGAUGAAGGCCUUACUGAGGAGGAAAUAAGUGCAUUUUAUGAAGAGUAUUUGAAAUCGAGGCCAUCUUCCCAACACCUUGGGGACGAGCAAAAAUUUCUUCAUCUUAACAUGAACGGCAAUGGGUCAUUUGGAUUGAGCUCUGCUGGGUCUCGCGUGCAAUCUUGAUAUGCCGAGUGUAGCAGUGAAGUCAGAGGUUGUGAUUAAUUGUUUAAAGCUGAUUAUAAUCUUUAAUUAUUUCAAAGGAUGAAAAUCCAAUCUAAUAUUUUGAAGGAGGUGGGGAUGUGGCUAUUUUGCUCGGGAGGGAGUUGGAAUAAGUUGAAGAAGUGUGAUCUUUGAAUUAGCUUGUUAUGUGCUCUGCCUGCCUUUUCAGAGGUUGCUGUAGGAAUAGCUGAGGGACAUAUAGUGAAGAGGGAAAAGAAAAGGAAAAUGGUUCUUUUUUUAAUAUAUUUGCUUUUGGAUUUGGUUUUUUUUGGUGAGAGUAGGCAAUUGACAAAUAGUUGAUGGUUUUUGGUCAUCUGAUUAAAGGAAAUAGAAAGAUGAGAUAGUUUUUUUGGC